AUGUCACAACCAAUCCUUUCAUUGAAGCCCGACGAGAACAAGUCCAAGGCAGUGGCAAACAUUCUGCCAUGUCGUAUACACCAUGAUGGCCCAAUUGAACCAACAUCAUCAUAUUGGACCCCUGCUGCCACCGACGCAUACUUUCGUGGACGAAAACUCCAGGGAAAGGUUGUAAAAUUGCCUGAAGACUAUCGUGGCAUCGUUGUCGAGCGAGUUCCUCAACAAGAUCCCAAAACAGCCGUCGAAGAGCAUGUGGUGGAUCUGGAUGCCGAGGAAGAACAAAUAGAAAGCAUGCAAAUAACAGCCGAGUUCGAUGAAAUGGUUGUUUGGGGCCAUGAGGCACUAGCAGAUGCCAGCGCAGACCCUUACGUUCGAAGUAUGGAAGAGUGGCUUCAGGUAGCUGAUAAGAUUCAUUCCUACUCACCCCCUGAUGAGGUUGCACAGAAAUGA